UUUUAUUCCGAGCAAAAUGUUUUUACUUGGAGGUCUAAAGUCAUCGAUUAUAAUAGCGCCAUGGCUUAUGGCAGUGCGUACCUUAAAAGUGACAGUGGUGGGCGCCGGAGGAGGCAUUGGGCAACCAUUGUCGCUGCUCAUCCGCCGAUGUCCUGGAAUUGAUGAACUGGCUUUACAUGACCUCACCGAGAUGAAGGGAAUUGCUGCGGAUCUAUCGCAUGUCAGCCAGAGGGGAAAGGUGAUUGCUUUUACCGGCGAAGAGGAACUAGAACCGGCUUUAACUGGAGCGGAUGUGGUGGUUGUGGCCGCUGGAAUGCCACGUCUGCCGGGAAUGCAAAGGGAUCACUUGAUGGCCGCCAAUGGCAGUGUGGCAGUCAAGGUGGCAACUGCUGUUAGUAAGGCCUCUCCAAAAGCUCUCCUGGCCUUCAUCACCAAUCCCAUCAACAUGAUUGUGCCAACGGCAGCGGAGGUCCUUAAGGUCCAUGGAACCUAUGAUCCCCGACGCCUUUUUGGUAUCACCACUUUGGAUGUGGUGCGCUCGAAAAAGUUCAUAGGCGACUCUAUGAAUAUAUCUCCGGAUGAAGUAAAAAUUCCAGUGAUCGGUGGCCACGCAGGGAUCACUAUUCUGCCGCUCAUCUCGCAGUGUGAACCGGCAUUCAAAGGAGAUCCCAAGGAGAUCCAGAAUCUCACUCACCGCAUCCAGGAGGCGGGCACAGAGGUAGUUAAUGCCAAGGCUGGUAGGGGAUCGGCCACCUUAUCGAUGGCAUAUGCUGGCGCCCAUUUCGUAGACUCCAUGCUCCGUGGAAUUGAAGGUCAAGAGGGCGUGGUCGAGUGCGCCUUUGUAGCCUCUGAAUUAACAGAUGCCCCUUUCUUCGCAAGUCCCUUGGAACUGGGUAACGAUGGGAUCAAGCGAUAUCUACCACUUCCCCAGAUGAGUGACUCCGAAAAAGAGGCUUUGGAAAAGCUACUACCUGUCCUACGACAAAAUUCUGAAGAGGGGAUCCAGUUUGCCAAGAAUUAUUUGAAGGAGAAAUCAGUUUCUCCUAUCCCAGCGGCUUUACCUUAA